AUGAGCGUCUCCAAAUCUGAACCAAUCCUCAUCGUGGGAGGCGGUGCCUUCGGCCUCUCAACAGUCUUGCAUCUGCUCAAAGCCGGCUACAAAGACAUUACCGUUCUCGAAAAGGAUGAAGAGAUUCCCUCCCGCUGGUCUGCUGCAAAUGAUCUGAACAAGAUUGUGCGCGCAGAAUACGAAGACCCUCUGUACCAAGACCUCACAGUGAAAGCCAUUGAAGCCUGGCAGACCCCCUUGUUCGCUCCGCACUUUCACCAAGUGGGCUUCCUGCACUGUGUUUCUGGCAAAGCACCCAAAGAAGCACUUGAUACGCUCAAUCGCUUUCGUGCUGCAGCCGAACGAGAUCCUCGUAUGAGGCCUCACCUUUCGCCACUUAAUACGCAGAAGGAUAUCUCAGAUGCAGUUUGGCAGUACAAGGAUAGCGCGUUUCCUGGUUGGAAUGGAUACUUCAAUAAGUUCGAUGGCUACGCGCAUUCAGGUAACGCGUUGAGGUCAAUCUUUCUGGCGACGAGGGCUCAAGGUGUGAAGUAUAUCCUUGGUGCAGCAGGCGCUGUAUCUGAGAUCGUCUAUGAGAAGACUUCCUCCGGGCGCAAAGCAAUGGGUGUUAAAACCACCGGGGGUCUCUUCUACCCUUCCAAUCUGGUUGUUGUCUCCGUCGGUGCAGCUGGUGCGAAGCUCGUCCCCGAGAUUGGCAAGCAACUUGUCGCAAAGUCAUGGUCCGUUGCUCAUCUUCACUUGACCGAUGACGAGACAUCUGCUCUCCGCGGUAUUCCUGUUACAUAUGCUCGCGAUCUGGGCUUCUUCUUUGAGCCUGAUCCCAAGACGAACCUUCUCAAGCUAUGUCCCAUGGGCGGUGGUUUCAUCAAUACCGAUCCCAAGACAGGGGUAUCUCAUGCACCUACAGACUUGAAGCAGAGUGCCUUCCUUCCUGAGGGCGAUGAAAAGCAACUUCGUGAGCUUGUGCGACAGACGCUUCCUCAGUUCACUGACAGGCAGUUUGUCAAUAAGACGCUUUGUUGGUUUGCUGAUACAGCUGACUCGGACUUUAUCAUCGACUACGUACCCAACACUUCAUCAACGGUUCUGUUCUUAUCUGGCGAUAGCGGGCAUGGGUUCAAGUUCUUCCCUAUCUUUGGUGGGUUUGUGAAGAGUCUGUUGCAGUCAGAGAAGGGAGAGCAGCCUGUUGCUAGAUGGCGGUGGAAGAACCCCAAGACAGAUGAAGGAAAGGGUGAUUGGGGCGGUGCUGUGAGUUGGAGACUUGGUAACUCGACUGAGCUUGUUGAUAUACAGCCUGUUGGUCAGACCAAGCUCUAA